CCCAUCUCCAAAUUCUUUGAAGCUGCAUGAAUCUGCCCAUCCAUCACCGCUCUUUUUAACCAUCGACAGACUCACUGAAAAAAUAAUCAAAAAUCGGCCAAGAUAGGUCGGAAACACCGCAAUCGCCAUCAGCCCUCAGGCCCUCGCGUCCCCCGCUGGCUCGCUCGCAAAAUGGGACAAGAAGAAUCCCAUCUGGCCUCUGCGGCUGGCCCUCCAGCUACACUCGAAGAGAGAAGCCUGGAAGCCGUCGCUGACUAUAUCAAGAGCGGCAAUGCUCGGCGCAUUGUGGUCUUGACCGGCGCUGGCAUCUCGACUGCCGCUGGAAUUCCCGAUUUCCGAUCGCCAAAGACGGGCCUGUAUAGCAACUUGGCGCGCCUCAAGCUCCCGUAUGCAGAGGCCGUCUUCGACAUCUCCUACUUUCGCAACCACCCCGAGCCCUUCUAUGUGCUUGCCCAGGAAUUGUAUCCCGGGAAAUUCCAUCCGACCAUCUCUCAUGCCUUCAUUGCGCUUCUUGCCGAAAAGGGCCUCCUUCAAAUGCUCUUUACCCAAAAUAUUGACUGUCUCGAACGGGCGGCUGGCGUUCCUGCGGAUAAGAUUGUCGAAGCCCAUGGCAGUUUUGCGACACAGCGCUGCAUUGAGUGCAGAGUCGAAUUCCCCGAUGCUGAGAUGAGAGCGCAUGUUACUCGAGGCGACGUUCCUAAAUGCAAUGAGUGCAAGGGACUGGUAAAGCCAGACAUUACAUUUUUCGGCGAAGCCCUCCCAAGAGACUUUUCAGAGAAGUCACACAACACUGCCAUGGCGGAUCUUGUUCUUAUUAUUGGAACAAGUCUGACGGUAUAUCCAUUCGCAAGCCUUCCCGAGAUGGCGAGAAAAGGGAUACCGCGUGUGCUCUUCAAUAUGGAGAAGGUUGGUUCAUUAGGAUCACGACUUGAUGAUGUACUAGAACUGGGAGCAUGUGAUGAUGGCAUUCGAAAAUUAGCCGAGUUGCUGGGCUGGACAGACGAGCUGGAUGACACGUGGAGAAAUAUUGUUGGAAAUGAGGACGCGGAGAAACAACUACGCAGCCAGACUGUUCGUGACGAAGAGAUUGAAGAUGAGCUGCAGAAGUUGACUGGAGAGAUUGAGACUGUCCUCAAGCUUGAGGAAGAGGAAGAGAAGAAGGAAGAGAAGAAGGAUGCAGAUGAAGAGAAGAGCCAGAAGAAGCUGUCAAGACAGAGAAUGUCAACGCAGAGCAAGAAAAGAAAGUAGAGGAACGCUCAGAGGCUGAUUCUAAACCGGCGGACGAACCCGGCUCAAUUACAGCACCACCAAAAGUCCAGGAGAGUACUGAGCGAAAAGCACAAGAUGCUACGACGGCAGAGAGCAAAGACGAAGAGCCAACAAAGAAAGAGGGUGAAGAGAAGCCCCAGCGAAAUUGACUUCAAGAAUCUAUGUUAUGACUUGAUAGAUUGCAUGAUUAGUUUCCGUACAUUUCCUUUUAGAUACAUACGAUGCCGAUUCCCUACUUA